CCCAGGAAAAAGAGAUAUGCUGUAUUGUGUACAUGAAAACUCUACACCAGAACAACCGAAAGCCAAAAAGUACUGUCGAAUCUUGCAAGAUCUCAAAUCCCAGGAUUUUGAUGUCGUUCAAGCUGACAACACCAUAUCUGUAGAACGCUUUGACUACUUCCUUCAAGCUAGGUCUGAACAGUUUAUCGCUCUCAGUGAUUUCUAUAGACAUACCAUCACAAACUAUGAUAAUGGAUGCUCCCUCUUUCGCAAGAUCCGUCUUUCAGCGUACUUCAACAAACAACGUGUCGAUCAAAAGCUUAUUCAAGACUUACGCGCCAAGUUUGGAGAAGACGCCGUGUUUGUGAUGGGAAACUGGUCCGCUCCCCAUGCUAGGUAUCAUGAGCCCAUCCGUGGCCUUGGUUUCCGAAGACUCCUCAAGAAGUAUGGGUUCCAAGCCUAUCUUAUAGAUGAGUACAAGGCCAGUAGGUGCUGUCCAACGUACCACAACGAAAGCCUCCGCACGUUCCGUCGUCGACAUCCUACUGCUGUCUGCCAUGGUCUUUUAAGAUGCACCAACCUAUACUCUAGACCUGCCAUGGCAGCGCCGGAUAGAUAUCGCUUAUGGAACAGGGACGCUGCAGCUUGUUUCAACUACAUGCAUAUCCUUCGCGGGCUUCGACGUAAUGGCAUAGUUGCUCAUAGGUUUUGCCGGGUUGCUGUUGCUCCUACAAAACGUCGAAGAAGAGUGGACGAUCAGGAGCAAUCAAGAACUAGAAUACGUUUAGACGAUGAUUCUUCGUCCUAG